AUGACAAGUAUGAAAAAUCAUAAGUCACUGUUGGUACUAUUGUUUAUAUUUGCCUCCUGGAUCAUGUUUAUGGUUUUCCAAAACUCCACAAAGAUUUGGACUACACCUAAGAUGCCCAUCUCCCUCCAUCACUGGAAUUUUACCAUGAAGCCUUCAUGUCCCGAAGUCCCACCGCAUCCAGUGGCUUCAUCAGCAGAAACUGAGCUGAGAAUAGAGAGAACCAUGGAAAAACUAGAUCAGCUGACCCCACCCAGACCUUUCACCCACAGGGUCACCACCACCAGUGCGGCGCACAGCACAGCCUCCAUCCUCCACCCUGGAGAUGCCUACCGUAGGGGGGACCAGCUAGACAUCCUACUGGAGGCGAGGGACCACUUGGGACACAAGAAGACAGACGGUGGGGACUUCCUGAGGGCCAGGAUGUCCUCCCCAGCUCUGAAGGCAGGGGCUUCCGGAAAGGUGACCGACCUCAACAACGGCACCUACCUUGUCAGCUUCACCCUGUUCUGGGAGGGCUGGGUCUCUCCGUCUCUCCUGCUCAUCCACCCCAGUGAAGGGGUGUCGGCUCUCUGGAGGGCAAGGAACCAAGGAUACGACAGAGUGAUCUUCACGGGCCACUUUGCCAGGGGCACCUCCCAUGUCAAUACAGAUUGUGCCCUGGUUUUAAACUCAAGCACUGAGCUGUGUGAGUACCUGGAUACUCAAGACCAAGAAGCCUUCUACUGCGUGAGACCUCCGCACAUGCCCUGUGCCGCACUCACGCACAUGCAUUCCCAAAACAAGGAUGUUUCUUAUCUCAGCAAACAAGAAUGGAGACUCUUUGACAGGUCAAAUGUGGGUGUAGAGAUUAUGGAAAACACCACCAUUAGUGUCUCCAAAUGCAACAGAAAAACAGUUCCAGUGAAAAAGAAAUGUGAGUUUGGAAUGGCAUCCACAAUCCCUGGUGGACAUGUCUGGAAAGACACAUGAAAUCGUUCCUGUAGUUUGGCUUCAAUCAAAAUGAAAGAAUGCCUGAGAGGAAAGUUCCUGUAUCUAAUGGGAGAUUCCACAAUCCGCCAGUGGAUGGAAUAUUUCAAAACCAGUAUCAGCACACGGAAGUCAGUGGAUCUGCAUGAGUCUGGAAAGUUUCAACACCAACUUGCUGCGGACUCGGAUAAUAUCAACAUUCAGUGGCAAAAACAUAGUUAUCCUGUGAUUGGAUCGUUGACCUAUUCAGUGAAAGAAAUUGUGAUUGCCUGAGUCAUUGACAGAAUUGGAGGAGAAAAAAACACUAUCAUUGUUAUUUCUCUGGGCCAGCAUUUCAGACCCUUCCCCAUGGAUGUUUUUAUCCGGAGGGCCCUCAAUGUCCACAAAGCUGUCCAGCGUCGUCUUCUGAGAAGCCCAGAAGUGGUUAUCAUCAAAGCAGAAAACAUCAGGGAGAUGCACAACGAUGUGGAAAGAUUUAGUGACUUCCAUGGUUACAUCCAGUAUCUUGCCAUUAAGGACAUUUUUCAAGAUCUCAAUGUGGGCUUCAUUGAUGCCUGGGACAUAACAAUUGCAUAUGGCACAAAUAGUGUCCACUUACCUCCGUCUGUAGUCAGAAAUCAAGUUAAUAUAUUGUUAAACUAUGUUUGCUAG